GGUUUGGGAGCUAGCAGCUAGCUCGCAGCUACUAGUUAGCGUCUUUAUUUCCGGUCAUUUCUAACCCACUGGAGCGGGUAACUUCUAGUUAACAUCUGGUUAACUACUCCGAGUUAGCUGGACAGUGAUUCUGCCGAUACCUGGCCCUGUUUCCGGGCCUCGGCAAGUGGCUCCGAUGGGGGCUGACCAGACGGAGCCAGAGGUGCCGGAGGAUGCGGUGGGCAGGCGGGUGUCCUGCGGAGAGGAGCGGGCCACAGUGCGGUACGUGGGCCCGGUACCACCGACGACAGGACUGUGGCUCGGUGUAGAAUGGGAUAACCCUGAGAGGGGAAAACACAACGGCAGCCAUGAAGGAGUCUCAUACUUCACAUGCAGACACCCGAAAGGCGGCUCCUUCGUCCGUCCAGCAAAGGCCAGCUUCGGUGUGGACUACCUGACUGCUGUUCGACAGCUGUAUGAGAUCGACACAGAGGAGGUGUUGAGCGAGGAGAUCUCUAUCUCCUCCAAAAAGCUGAAGUGGGGGGGCAUCAAGGAGCGCAGUUUUGAGAGUCUUCAGUCAGUUUUGCUGAACCGCUGUGAGGUGAACGGACCCGGGGCCGAUGGGGACAUCAGGAAGACGACACCCAACGUGGAGUGGCUGGACCUGAGUGGGACUCUGCUGUCCUGCUGGGAGGAUGUGGCUGCCAUCACCCAGCAGCUGGUCAGACUGGAAGGACUGAGGCUCAGCUCCAACAGCCUGAGUUUUCCCGCCGACCCCUUGGCUCACCGCCAGGCUUUCUGCAGUUUGAAAGUCCUCGUCCUCAACAACAGCAAGCUCACCUGGCCACAGAUCCUGGAGUGCGCCCACAUGUGGCCACAGGUGGAAAAUCUGUGUGUGGCAGAGAACGACAUCACGGAGCUGCAGAGGCCGGAGGGAGUGCUGCAGUCGCUGAAGAGUCUCAAUCUGUCCAGUAACCCUUUGGUGCAGGACAGCGUGCUCAGUCUGUCAGCUCUGCCCAGGCUGGAGAAUCUGAUUUUGUCCAACACCGGUCUGUCUGCCGUUCGAUUUGAAGACGCUGCUCCUGGAUCUCAGACAGCCAUGUUUCCAGCUCUGAAGGAUCUCAACCUGAAAUACAACAACAUCACUGAGUGGUGUGUGGUGGACGAGCUGGCCAAGCUUUCCAGUUUGGUUCAGUUGUCAUGUCACGGCAACAGACUGGUGAGCAGCGACGGAAACCCCAAGACAGCCAAUCAGAUGCUGAUCGCCAAACUAGGACAACUGGUCCACCUGGACGGCUGUGCGAUCCACCAUGAGGACAGGAGGGGGGCGGAGCUCGACUACAUCAAGAUGUUUGGAGAGGAGUGGCUGAAGGCAGGGGGGCGGAGUCUGACCAGCCCUCAGUUCACCUCCCAGCACCCUCGCUACCAAACGCUCAUCGACAAGUACGGAGCUCCAGAAGAAGGUGAGCUGAAGAAGUUGGAGCCGUUCGCCCUGAAAAAUCAGCUGUUAAAGAUCACGUUUGUGUUUCCCGAUGAUGCCGACCAGAAGCCGAUUGAAAAGAAACUUCCAGCAUCCAUGGUUGUCCAGAAGGUUAAGGGACUCCUGUACCGACUGCUGAAGGUCCCUGCGGCUGAUCUGAAGCUCACCUACACCAGCCCCAAGAUGGUGGGGACGGAGUUUGAGAUCGACAGCGACCUGAAGACGCUGCAGUUCUACUCCAUAGAGGACGGAGACCAGGUGCUGGUCCGCUGGUCCUGACCCAGACCAGGAGGUGAAGAACCACAACAGAGUCUUCUGGGAAUGAACCUCAGCUGUUUCUGUGACGCUGAGUGUUUUCCAUCAGUGACGAGCAGACCCACACUGAGAGGGGCGUUCACUGCAUUAACUCCCUUGUGCUGCUUUUCAUUUGUUGCCAUCAGAUUUUCAGAGACUUUUCCACUUCCUCCAGUUUUUCACACAAAAACUAAAUUUUACGCUGACAUACAACAUACAAGGAUGUGGCUCUGGACAGGAUUUAAAUGACUUUAUGAGCAGCGAGUUCACUGAGAGACAGGACAGUUCAGCUGUAAAUGACACAGAGGAGGCGGUUAAAGUGGACUCACUGGAGGGUACCUGUGUUAGAAUCAGCCCACCUCCCUGUAGGUACAAAUAAAAACUGCCCUCUCAAUGAGGCUUUUCAUUUUUAUUUAUGCAGCAACUUUUCUCCCACAGCCACAGCAUUUAGUGGAAUUGUUAAACAUUUCUGUGUGUGCUCAUGUUUUUGGGGGGUUGGUUGGGUUUAUGUGGGAUUUAAAAAUGUGGAUGACAACUGCAAACACACUGUUCAGAACGCUGCACACUGUUUUCUUAUUUUCUUUCAGGAUAAAAAUGUUUCAAUCGUCACAAGAUCGCUGGAUGUAGAUGAACAGAUGAACAGAAAUGUAAUAAAUGAGAGAAAUAAAUUUGUUCGGUUGAAUUUAA